CGCCCAGCCCCGCAACGCCGCCGCCGCCGGAGCCGGAGCCGGAGCCAUGGCUCAGCCCGGGCCCCGCGCCCCAGCACGGCCCCCCCGCCGCCAGCUGUGAAGGGCCGCGCCGGGAGGCAUGCGGGCGCGCAGGCUCCGGACCGCCGCCCGCCCCAGCGCAGCGCCCGCCUGACACCGCCGGACACCGCCCGCCCGCCCGCCCGGCCCUGCACCGCCCUGCGGAGAAGACCUCCCUCCUUCCCUCCCCGCCGACCUGUAGCCCCUUCCCUUCACCGCCUUGCAAGGAAGAUCUCCACCCCGCCGCUUCCCCGCCCGGCCAGAGGAGCUCUAGCCCCUUUCCCUUCCUUUCCUUUCCCUUCCCUUCCCUUCUCUGCCCGGCGGAGAAGACCUCUAACCUCCCCCCUUGGCCGCUCCUGCGAGCAGGAGACCUAGCCCCUUCCCCGCUACCUCCCUUUCCCCACCUUGCCCAGAAGACAUCUGACCUCCCCUUUCCCCACUGGUCGCCUGGCGAGGAAGACCCUUGCGAACCCCCCUUCCCUUGCAAACCCCGCUUUUGCCUUGUCGAGAAGACCCCCUUUCCCCGCAGCGGGGGGAAUCGCACCCUGUUUUUCUUUUGUAUUUAUUUGCUUUUUCCUUUCGGCUCCCUUCCUCCCUUGUCCCCCCGCACCCCUGCCCUGCCGCCCCCUAACCAUGAUGUUUCGGGAUCAGGUCGGGGUGCUGGCGGGCUGGUUCAAAGGCUGGAACGAAUGCGAGCAGACUGUUGCUUUGCUCUCCCUCCUGAAGCGGGUGAGCCAAACCCAAGCCCGCUUCCUCCAGCUCUGCCUGGAGCACUCCCUGGCCGACUGCACCGAGCUGCACAUUCUUGAAGGGGAAGCCAACAAUCCUGGAAUCAUUAACCAGUGGCAGCAGGAAUCCAAGGAUAAAGUGAUUUCCCUAUUGUUAACCCACCUGCCUUUACUGAAACCGGGAAACAUCGAAGCAAAAGUAGAAUACAUGAAACUGUUGCCUAAAAUCCUGGCUCACUCCAUCGAACACAACCAACACAUAGAAGAGAGCCGGCAGUUGUUGUCCUACGCUUUGAUUCACCCAGCCACGUCCUUGGAAGACCGGGGGGCUCUCGCCAUGUGGCUGAACCACUUGGAGGAUCGCACGUCGGGUAGCUUCGGCAGCCAACACAGAGGCCGGUCUGAUUCGGUGGAUUAUGGACAGACGCACUACUAUCACCAAAGACAGAACUCGGACGAUAAGCUCAACGGGUGGCAAAACUCACGUGAUUCUGGGAUCAGUGUUAGCGCUUCCAGCUGGCAGGACAAGAGUCUAGGCUGUGAGAAUGGCCACUUGCCCCUGUACUCUUCUUCUUCUGUCCCCACGACCAUCAAUACCAUCGGCACUAGCACAAGCACAAUUCUCUCAGGCCAGACACACCACAGCCCUUUGAAACGAUCUGUGUCCCUUACCCCACCCAUGAAUGUGCCAAACCAGCCUCUAGGACAUGGAUGGAUGUCUCAUGAGGACUUACGAGCUAGAGGACCCCAGUGCGUCCCAUCCGAUCAUGCCCCCCUGUCUCCACAAAGCAGUGUAGCCUCUUCGGGAAGUGGUGGGAGUGAACACUUAGAAGAUCAGCCUUCUGCUCGUAACACAUUCCAGGAAGAAGGGAGUGGUAUGAAAGAUGUUCCUGCCUGGUUGAAGAGCCUCCGCUUACACAAGUAUGCAGCUCUCUUCUCUCAGAUGACCUACGAAGAAAUGAUGGCCCUUACCGAGUGCCAGCUCGAGGCGCAAAACGUUACCAAAGGUGCAAGGCACAAAAUAGUCAUCAGCAUCCAGAAGCUGAAAGAGAGACAAAACCUUCUCAAGUCACUAGAAAGGGACAUCCUGGAAGGCGGCAACCUGCGGGUCCCACUUCAGGAGCUGCACCAAAUGAUCCUCACCCCCAUCAAAGCGUACUGCUCCCCCAGCGCCAGCCCCGACGAGCACAGCCGGGACCCGGACCCUCACCACCCGCCUUCCCUGAUCGGCUCCGACGGCCAGGUCUCCGACGGCAAGGACUCGGCCUCGGGGGGCAUGCAGCAGCACCACUUGCCCGGCUGUGAGGGUGAGUCGGGAGGGGCCCCUUUGCCCGAAGGAGACCUCCCCGGGCAGUUCACCAGAGUGAUGGGCAAAGUGUGCACGCAGCUUUUGGUUUCCAGACCCGACGAGGAGAAUAUAAGUUCCUAUUUACAGCUCAUAGACAAAUGUCUAAUUCAUGAGGCUUUCACAGAGACGCAGAAGAAAAGAUUGUUGUCAUGGAAACAGCAGGUGCAGAAACUGUUUCGGUCUUUCCCUCGGAAAUCCCUCCUAGACAUAUCAGGAUAUCGGCAGCAGCGAACCCGCGGCUUUGGCCAGUCGAACUCCUUACCCACAGCCGGAUCUGUCGGUGCAGGCCUGGGCAGGCGAAACCCGCGACAGUUCCAGAUCCCGUCCCGCAACCUCCCCACCACCCGCCUGGGGCUGCUCGGCCCCACGGGGCUCCUCGGCGCUGCCCAGCGCAGCGCCGCCACCAACCCCACGCUCCUCAAGCAAGGGAGACAGAACCUGUGGUUUGCAAACCCUGGGGGGAGCAACAGCAUGCCCAGCCGGACCCAUAGCUCAGUGCAAAGGACCCGCUCCCUGCCUGUCCACACCUCCCCGCAGACCAUGCUGAUGUUUCAGCAGCCAGAGUUCCAGGUGCCAGUGACAGAACCUGACAUCAACAACAGGCUGGAGUCCUUGUGCCUGAGUAUGACCGAGCAUGCCCUAGGUGAUGGCGUCGACAGAACCUCUACCAUAUAGAAGACGAAGGCGUGACGGUAACAGCGCUGGCUGCGAGAACGACUGCUGCGGGUCCAGUAGCAAGAGUCUCCAGACUUGCACAGGAUCCUCAACGACCUUUCGCAUCUUUUUCUCUCUCCCUCUCUCUCUGUCUCCCUCUCCCGGUUUAAUUUUGUGGAUGUGUAGAUUGUCUUUGUGAACAUGUUGUUAGAAUUGGAAUUUGGUUUUGUCAUUUAUUACAUCCAUGCUAGAAGAAGGGGAAAAACAGAAAAAAAGAAAAAGGAAAAACCCACGUAAGGAAAAUCUAAGCGGCAAGCUGAGGUGCUGGGAAGGGAGGUAUUCGUCUCCGGUCCGGAGGACGGGAGAGCACCAGAAGCAAACCCUGUUUCUGAACGAGGAAACGUUUAACAACUAUCACACAGGUGUGACCAAAAAAAUCAAUCCCCCAGUGUAAACCAAAACUGUUCCUAGUUCCCAUCUCCUCUAUUUCACUGGCGCUCAGACAUCAACGCGAGCUGCAGUGGGAUCGAAAAAGUGCUGGGGGGGAAGAAAGAGAGAAAAACCAAAACUAAGCUUCCUUUCAGCAAAUCAAACUAAAUGUCAAUUUGUGCACUGUUUACAUAAAGGCAGAUCAAGGGUACAUAAGUGUGCAACGACGUCAGGCCAGCCUUUUGUCUCACGUUCCUGUUGUACAAGGAUGUGUCAUUUUAACUUUUGUUACUUAGCAGCAGGUUUGCAUUUUAACUCGCAGCAGAGUUUUGCUUCUAGGGAGUGCGGGCGGCCUGGGGCAGGCCUCGAGUUUUACUGCUGGGUGGGAGCUUAACCCCGGCGAAGAGAAGGGGGGAUGUUGUCGAGUGGGCAGGGCCAUGUGCGAUUAGGCGAGGAGAAGGGGUUGGAGCAGUUUCCAUGUCUUUUCUUUUCUAGUGCUGCCUCGUGGGUUUUACCGAUCUGCCUCCCUGCCCCGGGCUGACCCACCGAAUCAUGUCGAGAACCGACUACCGCGUAUCAGCGAAAUUGCAUCUGAUAGGGGACUGUGCCUUUUCUGGCAGGCGGUAUAGCAGGAGGGGGCCAGGCGCGAAAACCCCGGCAGCAAAAUCUAAGCAGUGCUGAACUGCAGCUUGCUGUAUAAAUAGGGAGCGUGUUAAUGCUGGAGCACUCCCUUUUUCUCCGUCUCGACAAACAGUGGGCAAGCAGGAGGUCACGGGAUAAAAAGCAGACUGGACUGGACGUUGCAUGUAAGUGAAGGGAGGUUGACACGGGGUGGGGUUGAGUUUGAGACGGCAGGGGGCAUGUGCAGUAUUACGCUGCUGUCAUCCCAGACCUGCAGCUGCGUCAGGUUUGCUUUGAAUAACCAAAAGUUGGGCCUUGGUUCCUUAGAUAGGUGGAUUGGGUGCAACGUUGCUCAAGCCAGGGUUUCAGCUGAGAUCCGGGGCCGCAGUUGGGUUUUGCCCACGCCAGCGAGUAUCCACAGCGCUGCCCUUGAAUGCAGGGGGGUUACUCCAGUGUCCGUGAGAGCAUGUUACACACGGUUAUUUUGAAGCCCCUUGACUUCCUGAGACACAGAGGGGCCUGAACCUGAUUUUCCUUACACCAGGUUCAUCCCACUGUAUCUCCGCUGGCUUCAGUGGACAUCUCUGGGUCUUACAUGACUGUAAGUGAGAACGUGAUGUGGCUCACAUACCAGUUCUUUAUCAUAUAAAGAAGAGUGGUGUAAGUGCGUACCGUGGCUAGGGGAGUGUAUUAGCAAUACUUCCAACAUUAGGUCUGUCUGUUCACGUUGCUCCGGGUUGGAUGUUCUCUGCAGGUAGCUACAGGAUCGGUCAGAGAAGCAAGUUUUUUCUUAGUGCCAAUACAUGUGACUAGUUUAAAAGGUGGGGGUGGGGGAGGAUAAGGGCUUAACUCUAACUAUGAAAGAGAUGUUCUCUUGUCUCUACCGUAGGAUUAGUCAAUCCAGUCUAGAGGCAGCAUUUUUAAGUAGUUUUAUAAAAGCUAAAAGUGCCAAAAUGCAAUUUUUCAUGUUGAUCUACGUAAAGUUGACAUUUGGUUUUCCGGGGUCCAGAAGGUGUAGUGUGACGUAGAGGAGGGUAAAGCCAGGAUGAUGAUACCCAGGGACUUGGGAACGUGUGAUGAGGAGCUGGAGACAAAGUGAAUGAAAAGGAUGAUGAACUGCAUGCAGUGUUAUACAUUAUAGCGGAAGAGAAAGGUUUCCAAUCGGAGUUGUACCUUGAGCACUCGUAGCUAUACAAAACGCAGCUUCCGAAAGCAAGUUGUGAACACAAUCACUUUAGCCUGAAUCUUUUGAAAGGAAGACUCAAAAAGUAUUUACAAAUCUGAAAUUCUAUUUAUUCCUUUGCUGAGUCUAGAAACAGAGGUUAUCUGAUUAUUAGAUAUAUUAUUUUGGAUAUAUUACUUAUUAACUUGCUAUGGCUGGUAACCAUGAUAAUGUCUGUUAUUAACAACCACAUAAUUCUUUUUUUUUUUUAAGCUUAUUUUCCAUUGACAGUGUAUAGGUUAAAGAACUACUUAGUUGUGUUUUGCUGUUUCUUGUUUUAAUUAAAAAAAAAAAAAAAGUGGCUUCAGUUAAAUUUUGGAAGUCCUUCCCAGCUCUGUUUUGCAGCCUGUAUUGAGUGCAGGUUUAGAGCUUAAUUAAAAAAAAAAAACCAAAAAAAACCAAACAAAUCCUAAAGUAUAAUAAAUUUAUUUAUAAAAAAAAAAACAGUUGCAUGAAUAAGGCUGUGAAGUCAAAUAUUUAGUAAUAAAGCGGCAGUGCCUUUCUUUUUUGUAUUUACCCAUUUACCCCAAAUGCAACUGUUUUAUAAUAAGCAAGUAUCGAAUGACUUCAGAUCUCAGAGCAACAACUAUUUCACUACAUAGAAAUGUUCUUCUUGUUCUAACUAAAGCAGUGUGUACUUGGCAUCUCUGCAAGCUCUUCCAGAGACAGUAGUUUGCUACACUAUUAUCAAUGUAUGACGUUUUAUUGGUGCUUUUAUCCUGAGCGGUUUCUUACGGUUAUUAACGGUAGGGGCAGACACACACACGCGCGCACGCAUGCACACGCAACAGGCUGAGACGUACAAGGAAUGAAACGCUGCUGCCGAUGGUUUUUCACUGCUUUGGGUUUCACUUCUGAAUGACGGCCGACAGGAAAAACACGAACGCCGCUCGUCUGCUCGGCGAAGUUGUCUGCACGGAAGAGCGAACCAAGUCCGUAUGUUCAAGUGUCCUUGGCAGUGCCCGCGCUGCAGGAAUGAACCUCCUUUGACCGCACAGGUGGGGCUCAGCCGGGCCACCCCCGGGCUCGUCCUGCUGGGGUUUAACUGGGCCAACCCCGGGCUCGUCUUGCUGGGACGAGCCCAAAGCCCUUCACAACACACCUGGCAGAGACCCUCGUGCACCAAAGUGCUUCAGCCCCGCCGAGCCUGGCGGAAACCCAGGCUUUAAGCACGUGUUUCAGGUCCGUUGACUCAGGGGCGGGCAAUUAUUUUGGGGGGAGGGCUGCAUCCCGAGUUUUGGCAAGCCAUUGAGGGCCACAUGACAGGCAGCCAGGGGCAAAUAAAUAUUAAUUCUCUAAAUUUUUUAGGAUCCCCGCGGGCCGGAUAGAAUGGGCUGGCGGGCCGCAUCCGGCCCGCGGGCCGCAUUUUGCCCACCCCUGCUGAUUGACUCCAACAGGACCCAAGCAGGUGCUUAAAGUUCAACACGUCUUUGCUGAACCGGGGCCGGGAUGCAGUGUUUGGUUGCAAGGGGGGGCGAACCGGGUCGAGGCGGACGAGCGCCGCUAGCUGGGACGCUGGGAACCACCCUGUUGUCAAACGCGGCUCAUUUCUGCAGCUCGGAUGCAGCCUUCUGCUCAUCCCAAAUUAGGGCUACAGCUGCACUUUCCCUCCCACCUUCCCGGGAAAGGGAUGAGCGCUCCCGACGCUGAGGAAAACCCGCUUUUCUUUUGAGGCGUCGUGAGCUCGCCCUUCUGGGAAUCACGCUCACGGUCGAAGUGAGCGGAGCCCUCUUCGCAGGUCCUUGCGCUGGGCACCCCCUCUCUUUUUUUUCUUUUUCCCCCUCGAAACAUAGAAGUUGGGGGCUUUCUCCCCAGACAGCUGCAGCCCGAAGGCAGAAACAAUACUGUGAUCUAGGAGCCACCCAACGGCGGGUGCGCGGCCCUCGGUCCGCACGGGGGGAGAGCCAAGGAGUGGGAGCCAGAGCUCGAUGCUUAGUCAGCACUUCAAAAAAAAAGAAGAAAAAGAUGCCCGUCGUCACGUUUCUCUCUCCCGGGGUGCAGAGACAUGACCCAUGUUAGGCUUUCUGAAUGUGCCUGAUGAAAAGUAGAUCCUGCAGAAGUAUAAUUUGCACACAGCUAUGAAAACACUAAAGUUGAUUUUAUACAAGUCAUCAGAGUUUGCAAAGUGAGUUUUAUUUUUUGUAUUCCUUUAUCUUUACUUAAAGGUGAAUGUGUAUUCCUCUGGGAGGAAUAGGAAGAAAACAGGAAUGUUAAUAAUGUUAAACAGAAUACUUCCUCCCUUAAUAAUAUAUAACCCCGAUGUAUUUAUGCAUAUUGUAAGCUUACUUUCAAAAGCUUUGAACUUUCCUUUGUUGCAUGCCAUCAAAGGCAGCCCCUUAUUGUACAUGCAUGCGUUUAGUCCCGGGUUUUUUGUUUUGUUUUUUCUGUACAAACUUAGUGCACAAAGAAAUAUUUUUGCCUAGUCAAUGUUGCCAAGCAAUGCAUAUUUUUUAAAUUUGUCAUAUAUGGAAAUAGCAUGUUUGUUACAUGUAAAAGCUUCCUGAUAUAAAGAAAUACUAAUGUUUGGAGAUGCUGUUCUUUGCAAGUGUACAGUUUUCAAAUGUUGUUACCAGUGAGACACCCUUGUGAUUUAAACUUGCUACAAUGUAUUUAUUACUCAUUUCCUCCCAUUUAACUAGGAGUCAUGGCUAUAUUUCAUAUCAACGUUCUAUUGAAAGUGAAGGGAGAUGAUUAAUACAAGGUUUUGUAACA